UCCGCACUUAAUAACUCUCCAUUCCAAAUUAAGUUUAGCCUAUUUCCAAAUAAACUCAUCACCAUCACCACAACUAAUAUUAAUGUCUACUUACACCAACCAACAAUCCCAUCAACUCCCAAAAAAACCCCUACCUAAUCCCAUACCACCAACUUAAAAAGCCCCAACCAAAAUGUCCCCCACCCCUGGCGAAUCCAACCUCCAAACCCUCCUGUCCUCCCUCUCACCAAUCCUCCACCCGGACCUCUUCGUCUUCCUCACCGUCCCCCACACCAGCAUCUCCCAAGCAGGUCCAGAUCUCCACACUUUGCAACCCCAACUCCUCUUCCAGGAAGCAGAAGGCACCACGUACAUUGUGACUCGCGAGCGUGCCGAAGCGCACGGCUUCACCAACUAUGUCUUCCCCUGUCGCAUGAUUACUAUCAGCGUGCAUUCUAGUCUUGAGGCGGUGGGGCUGAUGGCUGCUAUUAGCGCCAGUCUCAAGGAGGCCGGCGUGAGCGCGAAUGUGGUCAGUGGGUUCUAUCAUGAUCAUGUUUUUGUUCCCGAGGGGAAAGAGGAGGUUGCCUUGAGGGCGUUGCGGGAGUUGGCGGCAGGGAAUUAACUGAUUGAUGAAUUGGGUUUGUGUGUAUAGGAGACGUUGUUUGUAGUGGUUAUUGAUUGAUUUAGUUUGUUGGCUAUUACUGGAGUGGAUGGUGAAAUCGAAA